AUGGUCACUGAAAUCUUCAUCGACAAGGCCAACCUGGUUCUCCAGGCGGCCGCCAAUCAUCCGUUCCUCGCAGUUCUGGUCUACCUGGCCGGCAUGGCAAUCUCUCGGGUCUGGCACUCUGCCAGAUUCGCCGAAUGCUGGUACCAGUUGACUGGUGGACUGCUUGGUCGGAUGUUGGUGGACGUCGCCAGCGUUGUCGCCUGGCCCAUGAAGCUUAUCAUUGCCUACAUGACUCUAUUCUGGCGGAUGUUGAUCUCUUUUGGUUAUGAGACGCCAACGGAUUCGGCCCAGCCCCCCGGUCCACCGCCUCCAGAGGUGGACCAACCCAAAGACCUAGCGACGGAAGACGCGCGCCUCGUCAAGGAGGUUACUGAUGCUGAUGCUCAGCUUCAGCAGCACUCUGUCGAGAAUGCCGCCCUCAUCGAGGAGAUUACCAAGCUAAAGGAGAGAGCCAACUUGAAGGAAGCACAGACUGAGCAGCAUUCGACCGAGAAUGCCCGCCUCACUGAGGAGGUCGCCAGUCUGAAGGAGAAGCUUCGGAAGUGCGAGAAGACCGCAAGGUUGAUCGCAUCAUUUCAGACGAAGGUUGCAAAUGUCCCUCAGCCCCGACUCCUCCGCCCUCAUAACUACAAAAUCAUCCCAAAGAGCCGCCAAUAUGGCAUAUACCACGUGAGCGAAGGGAAGAUCCUCCAACCUCCCAGCGAGGCCACAGAGAAGCAAUUGUCGCUGAGCAAAAUCCUCACCGUUGCCAACACCACGCCCGCCAUCGCUCCUCCUAUUGUCUCCGACAACGCCCCGGUCAACAUCACUCCUGUACUCUCGUAUAGCAGCAUCUUGAUCGUCGCUGACACCGCCCCCAUCAUCGCAACUCCCGUUCUUUCCCGCACCGGAAACCUUACUGUCACGGAUGAUGCUCCCGUCAACGUCGCUCCUCGGCUAUCUCUUACCAACGUCUUCACCGUCACCGAUAACGCCCCGACCAAUGUCGUUGCCAUUCCUUCUCCUGCUAGAGUUCUCCCCGUCACCGACAACGCACCCAUUGCCACCAUUGAGCCCGCGAUUCCUGCUUCAGGUAUGGUGUCUAUCGACGAAGAUAGUGCUCGCAAGGACGAAUUGAAUGACAACGUUCAUGAGGAGGCGCAAGACGAGGGCGAGACCGAGAAAGAAGAGAAUCAGGUCACGAAGUCUGACGAGAAGAAUGAGGUUGAGAAAGAGCAAGAGCACGAGGACGAGAACAAGACCGACGGCGAGGAUGAGCGAGACCAAGACGCAAAGAAGGACGACGACGGUGACGACGACGACAAGGACGAUCACCACGAUCUGGGCGGCGGCGGGGCAGUCUUGAUGCUCCCCGAUCAUUCCCUGUCUGCAUCUUCCAUACCCGCGCCUCCAGAACAGCCCACGACUCCUGACACCAAUGUCUUGGAACAAGUCCAUACUCCCUCAACCGAGUUGCCUGUUCCCGCUCUCCCUACUCUAGCACUCAAAUCGCCUGCCACACACAAGCGCAGACUGAGUGACCCCGAGGAGCCACAGAGAUCCGGCCAUGGACCUGCCUCUCGUCCAAUCCCUACGGAAUCCUCAACCUUGCCGUCUAUCUCUUCAAGUGCUACAGUUGCGUCUGCCCUUGUUACUGCACAGCUUCCUACGUUCGGAAAUGCGCCUGGCUCUUCAGAUACAACUGCCCCGAACGCACAGGUUGACGACAAUGAGGCGAUGGAGGUUGUCGAAACCCAGCCUAGCGACAAGACCGAGGGAUCUGAGAAAGACAAUGGCUAUUUGAUGGACGGCGUUAGAAGAGUCGCCGAAACUCACGACGGAUCUAUGGACGGUGUCAUUCAGCAAGCACCUCCUGUCGCUAUUGUUGGAAUCAACAAUGUCCACGGAGACGCCAUGGAAGUUAUUGAGGUUGAGACGAAUCAAGAUGCAAGAAACAUGAUGGAAGGCGUUACACGAUUCGGUACCACAACGAGAGACGACCUGGAGAUAGCCGAUGACAUCGGAUCAGCCCAAGACUUCAAUAUGCAUCAAUACACCGACCGCGAUAUGCACGACAACUUCUCUAGCGUCACUCCUGCCGUCGAGAUCGUGGAUACGGACAUGCAGAAUGAUCCAUUCUUCACUUACACACCUCGCCAGCCCGCGACGCAAGUCGCCAUCGACCGUGAAGUAGAGAUGGACAUUCUAGAGGAUCUUCGUCCCGAGUUGCCGGCCACUCCAGGCGAAUUCGGUCCAAUCGAUGAGAUCUUUGAUGAAACCUUGGUUGAAGCCGGCCCUUCUUCACCGCCGUUGAUUUUGUCACCGACAAUUCCAGACGAGUUUUAUGCCCAUCCUCCACCGAUGCCUCUCAGGGUGCCAUCUCCAGACCCCUUGGAUGACCUCUACUCCCUCCCUCCUUCAACCCCUCCCAGGUCGCCAUCCCCGGACCUGUUGGACGACAUUUACUCCCCCCCUCCGCCAUCUCCUCGCAGGUCUGCUCUUCCCUCGCCCCCCAUCGCUCCUGUCCACGAGCAGAACAACCAGACGCAAACUCCGACGGGAACAGAGUCAGUGGCAGAGCCCGCUGACCGCGUUAGCGAGGAGACUACCGAGCAACAUGAGAAAACACACCCCCUACGCCCCUUGCGAACAACAAAGCCGUCGUCUCAGACUCAGAAGUCCAAGGAUACGGGCUGCGCCAAAUUGGGACCAGACGGACGGGUAAUCCACUCCCCUGCCGCGAGACCCCCCGAAGACCCCAAGACCCCAACGUCAGUCAAGGUUCUCGCACCCAAGCGUAACGGCUCGGCGGCAGACCCAAAAGAGGCUUCCCAGGACGCACCGCGCAUCUCGAUCUUCUCUAUCUCUGACCCAAUGCCCGCACCGGCCUCGACCCCCCAGCAGCCGUCACAGGCAACUCGCUGCUCAAGCAACAGAGCCCAGGCAAAGGAGAAGAGGACCCAAGAGGAAGCCGUACAGACUGGUGAUGCCCCCACGCCGAUCUGGUUCGCGAAGCACCGGCAGAUUCUGCCUCUUCCCAGGAGCAACAGAGCAAACAGGUCCGAAGAGGACAUCGCAAACCAUCAACAGAGUGUGUACACGGCCAGGCGCGAGUUGGAGCAGGAGAUUGAGGCGUCUGAAAGCCAAGAAGCGGCCGGUGGCGAAGACGGCCACCGGGACCGAAUUGUUCGGGUCGUCGAGAGGGCCGAACAGAACCAGUCCGAGAGCGUCUUCACGUACGGAGGGCACGCAACCAGAGAAGAGCGCCUGGCUGUCCUCCGCCUACUGAUCGACACUCUAAGGCGUCAGAAUCAGGAUACUGGGGCCGCUAGGAAGUUCAGGAGUUGGGGAGAGAGACGACUCAAGCUCUUGUCUAAGGAGAGGUGGCAGGACCUGCCCGGCGCCCCGGAAGAUCAGAAGACUUUCCUCACCAGACAACAGGUGAACGAUCUUCUGGGGCGGUAUCGUGUACGCAGAUGA